AUGUCCAGCAGCAGCAGCAAUGAUAAAGUGGACACUGGACUAGGCAAUUACAAAGAAUAUGAACAUGCUGCAGAUCAGGAUAUUCGCAGGCAGAAAGAACAAAAAGGUCGUGCAAACUACAACAAGCCAAAUAUCAAUCUUGAUGUGAACCAAGAGGCGACCAGAGAGGAUAAUACAGAUGAUAACAAGACAACUCUUCACCAUGGCCAAUUAGACUCGCAGACGACAGUCAAGGAGGCCAGUGAUAAGAAUAGCAUCUCUAGUGAUACAGAAUAUGCUUUUGACAUCAUCAUGAAACCUAGUGGAUCUGAAGCACAAGAACUUCACCGUGAUACAACAUUAAUGGACACUGAGAGGUUUUUGAUGAAUGCUAGCAGUAUGCCAAUAGCUAGCAAUCAACAAGAUGCACAAGUACUGUUGCCGCCUGCCAUUCAGGCACUUUUGGACUCUUAUAUCUCUGGUAUUGACUCUGAUCUUAACAGCAAAGUCUACAAAGUGCCUAUUGCUGAAACCACUCCAUUGGAAGUCGCAACGCAUGGCAACCUAUUUGAUUACAAGAGUUUGAUAGCAGAGCGAAUUCAAUCAGCAGAAGAACAGAUUAGAAUAAAACACGACGAACUAAUACAAGAUCAGCAGCAAAUCGACGAUCUGAAGCGCAAAAUACAUCAUCUUUCAACUACUGUUAUUACUACUACUACAUCAUUGUCUCGCCCCAUAUUCAGUAUGGAAGUUGUCGAGUCAGGUCCUGAUAAAACCAUGUAUGUCUACAAGCAUAUUCAACCAACACCCAGUGCUGUAACCGCCCAACAACAGCAAUCGCAGCCUGAUCUUGGCACAUUCGUGACACAUUCACUACCAUCCUUGCCUCCAACGAAAACGCCUGAUUUAGAAACUGAUCAACAGGAGUCGAGGACCGAGCAAAAUGUGCCUAGUACGGCAAUCAACAGUACGCCUUUCUACAAUCUGGUACAAAAACAAACAAAUGAGGAGGACUACUAG